GACCAUUUUGUAAUGCUUUCACGGGAUGCGGUAGAUUUGUUUCGGAAGAAAGAAGAAUGAAGAAGAAAGGACUUUCCACUCUGCGAGAUUUGUCGGACUUUAAAGUGACGAAUAACAACGUUCAGCUUCCGGUUUCUCUGUACAGGGCAUUACUAGAUGCUGCUAAGCAAAAUGUUUGGAAAGUGCAGAUGGAUCGUGGGGCAUAUGAUUAUCGAUUACAACAAAUACCGCGGAUUUAUCUUUCGGGUCAAAUGCCUGUACGUAACACGAUGAAAAGCUAAUUUUAACGGACACAACUUGAUGCAUAGACGCCACCAGAAUUUGUAACAGACAGAAUUAUAUUUUAUUUUCUUGCUUCUAAAUUAUGAAAUUUAUUUAUAAUACUAAUUAA